CCCUCCCCCUCAGUAUUACCGAGCAAGAUGGCGUUCUCGCAAGCAGCACCGCGGACAGCGCCAGUAGCCUCCCCCUCCUCCCCUUUCUCCUUCCCGGCCCCAACAGACCACUGAAGCCUGCAUCUGAUUUCCCCCCCUCCAUCUGACCCCCCCACCUUCGGGGAAUGUCUUGCUCUCUGGAACCUUCCUGGCCGCUUUGAAGCUUUCUCCUUUCAGGAGAAGUCAAUCCGCAGCUGGCCGGGCUCGGUUCGGAAAGGAUGAAGCUGAAGAUGAGGAAGGAGUGAAGAUAAAGAUGGGGAUGAGGAUGAAGAUGAGGAAGAUGCUGCUGGCGCUGAUGUGCGCCACACUUUGGAUGCGCGCUGACGCCAUUGGCCCAGGUGUGGGCGAGUGGGCGGAGCCAACGUGGGUGUCAGUGGCGUUGGUGUGGGCGUCCGCUGUGGUGGGCCUGCUCUUCGUCCUGCUGGCCUGCCUGUGCUGCAAGAAGACCCGCGGCGCCAGAUUCGAGGAGUUCCGCAACGUUGCCGAUGGCGAGGGCUACCACACGCUGGCGUCCACGCCGCUCUCGCAGGCCCGCCCGGACGUGUACGUCCUGCCACUCGCCAGGCGGGCGGCGGCGCCAGCAGCACAGCACCCGAAAUGGUCCAACCUGAGUCGCCAGAGUCUGCUCUACCUGAAAGAGAUCGGCAACGGCUGGUUCGGCAAGGUUCUUCUGGGGGAGGUGAAUGAGAACCUGAGGAGCAGUCAGGUGGUGGUCAAGGAGCUGAAGGCCAGCGCCAGUCUAGAGGAUCAGAUGCACUUCCUGGAGGAAGUGCGCCCCUACCGGGUGCUGCAGCACUCGGCACUGCUGCGGUGUCUGGCCCAGUGCACCGACGUCUCGCCCUUCCUGCUGGUCAUGGAGUUGUGCCCGCUGGGCGACGUAAAGGCGUACUUGAGGAGCAGCGCGCACGCCGACGGCGUCCCCGAGCCGCUACUCCUCCAGAGGAUGGCCUGCGACAUCGCUUCCGGACUCAAACACUUGCACGCGCACAACUUCACUCACAGCGACCUGGCUUUGAGGAACUGCCUGCUGACUGCCGAUGUCACCGUGAAGAUCGGCGACUACGGCUUGUCACACACCAAGUACAAGGACGACUACAUGAUCACGGUCGAGCAGACGUAUGUGCCGCUUCGCUGGAUGGCUCCAGAGCUGCUGGACGACGUGCACGGAAACCUGCUGGUGGCUGAGCAGACCCGACCGAGUAACAUCUGGUCUCUGGGAGUGACCAUCUGGGAGCUGCUGGAGCUGGGAAAGCAACCCUACGGCCAUUACUCUGACCGCCAAGUUCUGUCCCACGCCGUGAGGGAGCAGAAGCUGCGGCUGGCCAAGCCCGCUCUCCAAGUUCCUCUGGCCGAACGCUGGUACGAGGUGAUGCAGUUCUGCUGGCUCCCUCCCGAUCAGAGGCCCACCGCCGAGGAAGUUCACCUGCUCUUGAGCUACCUGUGCGCUAAGGGGGCCAGUGAGGCCGAGGAGGAUUUCGAGAGGCGCUGGAACUCCAUGCGGCCCGGCGGCCGUGGCGGCAGCGCUCGCGAGCAGCCCUCAUCCGCUUUCCCGUCCGCUUUCUCGUCCUUCCCUCUCCUCCAGCAGUUCUCAUCCGCUGACGGCUACCACUCGGAAUCCGGGGAUGACGUUCUGACCAUCACCGAGACCAGCCACGGCCUGAACUUUGAGUACCGUUGGGAGCGGGCUAGGGCGGAAGAGUCCCAGAGGGGCGCCGAGUCCUCGAGCACACUCAGCAGCCGUGAAGCUUUUUACCCUCCGGCGGGCUGCCGCUUGGAGACCCUCCACCUCCGAGCUUCUCCCCUUUACGCUCCGAGCGUGCUUCCCGUCUUCAGCGCCCACAGCCCGUCGCUCAACAGCGAAUUCUACAUCCGCAUCGAAGAGCCGGCAGACUGCGGCCUGGAGCCGGCCGACUGCUCCGUGUGCUCCUACAGCCCGGACUUCCGGAGCGGCGGGAGCUUCCUUAGCGGGAGCGCUGACUCGGGCGGCUGCGUGGCCUGUCCGUCGCUGGCCGAGGUGGGCGGCAGCUACUGGUCGGCGGAUAUCCGCAAUGUCUACGACUCCAACGACUCCAGUCCCGCCAUCUCCCUCAGCACCACGGAGGGUCUGCCGCUCUUGGGCCAGGCGUGCGACGACAGCCCGCUGCGAGCCUGGGAGUCCAGUCACUACGUGUCUUACAAAGACCGGGAUGGAGGUUACUAUUAUGAGCACUCCCCGCCCGUGGACUUUGAGUGCUAUCUGAUGGGAGGAGAGCUGGCCAAUGAGCAGCUUCAAGAAAGUUGGGGGUCGAGGAGCCUUCGCCGGGCCUUGGGCGAGCUGGAGAACCCGGUGGGAGUGCCCCCCUCCCUGGACAGUCCGCCCCAACAGGUCUACGGAGACCCGUACAUGGACCUGGACACAGGUCACUCCUCCAUCAUCGGCAAGACAGUGACCGGAGGCUACUACGACAUGAUGGGCUCCUUGCGGAAGACCAUGCCGAGUCAUGGCGGGCGCGACUCGGUCGCCAUUAACACGGAGACGGAGAGGGCGAUCUUCGUGGGGCCCCUCGCCAGCCAUUCGGGGGAGGAAGACGACCAAGACGAGAGCCACGCGUGCAACACGUGGCCUUCCAAACAGCGUCGCCCCCAAAGACGAGCCGGUCGGAGCCGCAGACGAGAAACCUACGUGGAUUUUGACUACGGCGUGCCGAGCGCCGGCGUGGACCACUGCUGGACAGCUCCGCAUUACCGGAGCCUGCCCAAGACUGUUGCCUACCUGGAAGCCCGCCGGGCCAAAGAUGACAGCGGCCGCGUGAGUCGACACCCCCUCUCUGUGUCUCCGGAGCGCUAUGACGCUUCCGUGUACUCGUGCCACCAGAGCGCCGCCUACGCGGUGCCGCCGAGGGACUGUUGCCACACGCACUUUGUCGAUCCACUCGCGGGCUUGAUGGUGAGUAACGACGGCCGUCGCGACAAAGUCACAGACAACCCGAGCGGUGACGAGAUGAUCAACCUCUCACCGGCGCCGGGAGGUCCGGUUGUGUCCAAAGCCGCCCCGAUCAAGGAGCCACCGUACGCGGCGCUCAGAGCGGAAGACGUUAUCAAGCGAGACGUCGUCACACAACAUCCUCCGGUGACCAAGCCCCACGUGGAAGCCAUGAGCCAAAGUCCGCCGCCGCCCGCAGAGAGCAAGCACGUGCCAGCGCACGUGACGGAACCGCAGUCAGAGAGCAGUCAAGCGGGAGAUAGCGGUUUGGACCGAGGCGGCUCCAGCGUCAGCCUCACGGACAUCCCCGACAACCAAGACGACGACAGCAUUGAUGACAUCACCGACGUCACUUCGGAGAUCUUUGCCGAGGAGUCCGCCGAGCCGAACGCUUCCCCUGCCUUCGAGUCGCAGGGAGGAACAGCGGAUUCGUUGGAGUCAGUCCCCGGGUCUCAUGAGGGCUCCGGGCCCCGCUCUUCCUGUUACCCCAAAGCCACGGACAGCGGCUACGACACGGAAAAUAACGAAAGUCCAGAGUUUGUCCCGAAAGAACCUCACGAAGCCAAAGAGCAAGACGUGCCUCGGCCAGCUGUCCACACCGGCGGGAAGGAGGAGCAGUGCCCUGCGGGUGCCCUGAAGGAGGAAGCAUCUCCUCAAGAGCCGCCACCGCCCUUCUCGCCGCUUAGUCAGGAGACGCCGUACAGGGACUCGGCCUACUUCUCUGACUAUGAGAACGAACGGCAGGUGGGGAACGAACAGGAGGGAGCGCAUCAAAACCCGGGCGGUUGUGUCGAUGAAGACCGGCUCGCACCGAGGGACACCGCGGUGGGCCCGACGGAAGACGACUCGUUGGACGGUUCGACGACAGAAGGGGGCCUGGACGAGUGGCCCUCCCACGAGGAAAGCUCAUCUCUUGAAGACUGGGCAGCAGAGGUGGUGGGAGCCAUGGAGGAGGCUCUCCAUGCCCUGAACGAAGAGCCCGAGUCCACGGCCGUGUUCCAGAAAGAAGGAGGAAGGGGUGGGCCGCUCAAGGACAAAGCUUUAGGGUCCGAGAUGCCGCACGGCUUACCCAAAGACGAGGUGGCCUUGCAGCAGGCAGCCAAUUCCAGGAGGUCAUCAGAAGACCGAGGAACCGGGAACGAGGCUGAUGGCGGCUCGGACGGCGGCUCGGACGGUGGCUCGGACGGCGGCUCGGACGGCGGCUCAGAUGACAGCGACGAGUCGGACGAGGAGCCGCGCGCCUCGGGCGUCCCGGAAGAGGAAAGCGAGGACGAGUGGCAGCCGGUGCCCAUCGUGAUCAGCGACGACAGCCGCGCCCACACGCUGAGAGGCCUCCUCAAGACGCCCGCUGUGAUCGAGCUCCACCGAGAGCUGCCGGCCAACAAGAGGACCGUGUCCUUCUUUGAUGACGUCACCGUCUAUCUCUUCGAUCAGGAGAGUCCCACCAAGGAGCUGAGCGCACACGGGUUCCCUUUGGCUGCAGAGGGUUCGGCCACCAGAUGGCCCGAGAGGCUCGUUGUGUCGGACGACUCCUCGGACGGAAACGUCUCCGAAGAGAGCGCGGGCUUCGAGUGGGAGGACGACUUCCCCCUGCUGCCUCUGCCGACAUCCUCGGCGACCGCCGCUGCUGACGACUCGCCGUCCCGCGCCGCCGCUGAACCCUUGGAGAGCAAGUCGGCGGCUGGCUUCUCUCGCUUCACCGUGUCUCCCUCCAGCGCGUCCCGCUUCUCCAUCACGCACAUCUCUGACUCGGACAUGGACUCUGUGGGAGGAAGCAGCGAGGACGGCGACAAAGAGUGAAGGACGCACAUUCGCCAGCGUUUUUGACGCUUCUCGCUCAAGGAAACGUCCACUUGAUGAAGAAUAAGACGGGUUCUAUGCAUUGAGACUUGAGAAGGUGCAAGGCGACCUUUCUGAGACGAUGAAAUGGAAGAGAGACAGACGUUUUGAGAUUCAUCGACUACGUGCAUGUUUGAAAACGACGACAAAAGACGCACAAAUGUUUGAAAACGACGACAAAAGACGCACAAAUUUCUCUCACGGCGGAAUCCGACAAGGCCUUCGAGGUUGCUGCUUGGACGUGAUAUUUAUGCUUAUUUAUUUGUACAAUCAACUCUCCUUCUCCUGGCUCGUGUUCAAAGUGUAUGGCACCCACGUUUGAACAAUGUCUAGGAAGAAUCCGGUGCUCUGGAUGAAAAAAAGGGCAACGCGUCGUCCUGCACACACACGUAAGGCCCACCCUGCUAGUUGAAGUGCUGCACAACGAUAAUACAAGUACAGGAUCCAAUUCAGGGGGUUGCAACAUUUACCUGCGUGUUUGUAUUUAUUUCACUUUGAUUUGUGCAGGUAAGGCACUUGAGAACAAGCUAACAAUAUCAACAUUGAGCAAUAGCAAGACAACGAUUUCUUCAUGUCUUGGAUUGAAUUAGCCAAACAAUUAUUGUUUUAACACACUUUCAUUCCUGUGUAUUCAAUCAUCCGAUUAAAUAGUUGAAGUUGUAACGAACAUAAACCAAUUUAGCAUUUUUAAAUUCAUUGGAGUAAGUGGCUACUUCAUUACAUUAAGAGAUCAAAAUAUAGGAAAUAAUAAUUUGAUUAUUAAAAUGAACCGAUUUUAAAGUA